UUCACUGCAACAUCGGGGAGUUGUACAGAGCGAGGCAAGUCUGCUGUGCUGCUGGAGAGUCCACAGAAUAUGUACAAGGAAGAUUUCAGGAACAUGAUUGGAGAGAAUAGCAACAGCAGUGACUCCUCUGCCUUCACUCACACCAACACCACGAGUGCCAUCCUGAUUACUGCCUACUCAGUUGCCUUUGCUGGUGGUGGAAUUGGGUCCAUCACAAUGUCAUUCGUGCUGGUCAAGAUGAACACUCUGUCUGUGACCACUACAGCCAUCAUUAACCUGGUCAUUGUGCACAGCCUCCUCCUCUUCACAGUGCCCUUCCGCCUGCACUACUAUGUCAACAAGAAGUGGGUAUUCAAGAUGACAUUUUGCAAAAUAGUGAGUGCAAUGGUGCACAUCCACAUGUACCUGACCUUCCUCUUCUAUGUGGUCACGCUGGUGAUCCGGUGGCUCAUCUUUUUCCAAUGGAAGGACAAGGUGGAGUUUUACAGAAAGCUGCACGCCAUUGCAGCAAGUGCUGCUGUGUGGGUCUUGGUCAUGGUUUUUGUGGUGCCAGUCUUGUGCUUUGAGUAUGGACGCUCAGGCUCAUACAGUGAUACAACAUGCUUUAAGUUCCACAGAGAACUACAGCAGGAGAGCGUGAAAGCCCUGAACUACACCAUCAUUGUAGCUGUCACUUGCAUUACUUGUAUCCUCUUGGGCUUGCAGAUUUUCAUCCUGAUAAAAGUGUCAAGAAGACUUUCCACCUCCCUCUGGUCACACCAAGAGUUCUGGGCCCAAGUGAAAAACUUGAUUUUCAUCUGCGUCAUCAUCAUUUGCUUCCUUCCCUAUCACCUCUUCAGGGCCUACUACAUACAGCACAUGGGUGAUUUUGACCAGUUAGAAAGCUACAAUGAAGUUUUUCUGAGCCUGACUGCCCUCAGCUGCCUGGACCUGCUCUUCUUCGUGCUGAGUGGAAGCCGCCUCUUCAAGCAAAAGGUGGUCAUGCUCCUCAGCAGGUUGUCUUGCUGCUAGCAUCUACUUCCUGCAGGGAGCCCAGUGCUGGACAGGCAUGGCAAACCCCUCCUGACCAUGUCAGGUUGGGCCCUAGAAACAGAGCAACACACUCAUGAAGGGCUCUAUGCACUUGCCUCCUGAAAUCAUGGAGCGAACCGCCUCCAGUGUCUUAGCUGGUAGACUGAAAGGUUACCUCUGGGAUGUCCUCAUGGUGCUACCCGGUGAGUUGUAGAUGCACCUGGAGGAGAUGGAGGAAAGGGCAUGGGCGCUUCUGUCUUAAUGCUUUUACACCAAGGUUUGCAAAGUCAAAGUCACUAGAAGGAGACUCAAGAGAAUUUGCAAAGUAUGUAGAAACACAAAUGGAAAAGCAGGUUCUUAUGGAAUAAGGGGCAGAUUUUUGAAACAUAAAGGUCUAUAUAAUUUUCCAUAUAUAUUUUUCUUAUUUAUUCUCCUCAAGCUCUCAUAAAAUACCAGGGAAGCUAUUGUUCCUCCUGAGAAGGUCUGUUCCUUCACUGUACAGACAAGCAUAACUUUCUAAGUAAAUUGAACAAUUAAACCUACUCGUUAAAAUAAAAUAAACCAGCAAUAAAUAGUGAUUUCUUAAAAUAUUUUCUCAAAAUCACCUUUUGGAGAUGGCAUCACUGUAGCAGAAAAGAGUUUUGUUCUUUUUUCCACACUAUGAAAAUGUCUCUAACAACAAAAAUUACGCAGUUAUGGAAAUGAAUAUUGUGAGUUCUGACAAAAGCCUGUAUUUUUAUUUACAGAAUUGUUCAAUUAAAAAAAAUGUAUUUAAUAGUGAAAAUAACUUGAUUUAGAUCAUUCCAAUUGUCUCUUAAAAUGUCAAAUAUUUUGGGUCUCCAAGGUAACAAUGAUUAUUUUUUCCUUAUGUUGAUUUUGUGCAAUCCUGAAGUUUAUAACUAAUUACUCAUAGUAUCUUUAGCAUGAAAUCAGUACUAAAAAUUUAGUACCCUGUAUUGGUAGAAACAAAAUGUUACUGCUUGGAUUGGAGGGAUGGAAAAAGCUAAUAAACCUGGUGCAGCUAAAAAGCGUGUUAUAUCUAA